UGCUGGGUAAGAUCUCAGGUUGCAGAGCGUGACCCUCUGUAGCGACUAUAGACUUCCGAUAGCUGGGCCUUGUAUUCCUACGACCUGCCCAGCUUGCCUCAGACUCAACCCCAAACGCAAAUAGGAAAACCUAAUAAUCAUCUCGAGCAGAUAUGGCUUCUCGCGCAUAGAUACACGCAACCGCGCGCUGUUUGGAAAUUUGUCGCCUCGGGACAUUCGGGCUUAGCCUGCGCUCGACAUCAUGUCUGAACCACCACCAACAAGUUCCGAAAAUGGCUCAGAGCCACCGAAAAGCGAGACAACGCCGAUCACAUCUGUCAACGCAAAAGUAGAUCGAAAUGCCCCGCGCCUACGAACGCCCGCAUCCCUGCCACCUUGGAUCGACUCAUACCACGAACAAUAUGGCGCCGUAGCGCCCGAACAACUGCAACUCCUUACACCGCCAUCUCGUACUGUCCGUCGACAGCCCAACUCUGUCCCCUCCGAGCCUGUACGUCGUGUAUCGAGGGACGGCUUCAUCGACUACGACGAUCCAUCGCUAGGGCCGCCUCAAACUGACGAUUCUAUACUCCCCGACUUCGUCCGCUAUGGUAUGGGCUCAGCCCGUGGGCGCAAAUGGGACCAUUUACGAUCGACAGAACCAGUGAUUGUCUCGGGCUUUGCGUCUGGCGCAUGGAGACAGCCGAUAACUUGGCAUGACUUUGCACGGUCUUCACAAUGGGGCCAUGCACAAAAUGAACGAUCACAGGUUGUCGAUUACAAGGUCUUGGAUGACUUGCAACCAAGCUUUAACCGAAAAGUGAACCUGGAUCUCGACUUUUCGCGCGUUGCUACCACCAAAGAACGCGGAUCGAAGCGCUUUACCCAGCGGAUAUGGGACCUAGCCAUGCGCCACUCUCUAUCUCCUCUACUGUUCCGACUUACCGUCAUUAUCACGUCUAUUCUGGCUCUCGCUAUUGCUGCCCAGAUAUACAAAUUGGAGCUUCGGACAACCGUGAACGAGGCCGAACAAACACAGUCCCUCGUCGCCGUUGUGGUUGACAGUGUUGCCAUUCCGUACUCCACGUACAUGAUAUGGGACGAAUACACGGGAAAGCCCAUUGGCCUCCGUCCAGCCAAGUCCAAAAUUUCUCUCAUCCUCUUGGAUAUUUUCUUUAUCAUCUUCAAAUCAGCCAGUACGGCAUUGGCAUUCGAAACAGUGGUCUAUCACAAUGUUGUAGACCAGACCAUCGCCCCCUUGGCAAAAGCCAUGGCCAGCUUUAUGGUCAUUGGGCUGUUAGCAUGGACCAUGAACCUUACGGUCAAUGUGUUCCGGACAGUAGAGAAACUUGGUGGAGGUGAUGAGGAAUGAGCAGGUUGGCUUUCGAUGGAGAACACCGAAGGGGAAAGGCUAAUGAGUGUAGUGGGUUUCUAACUUUUCCAUAUAUACAUGAGUAUAUAUACAUUGCAGCGGAGUUUUGGGAUUGUCUUUUUAUUGGGUUUUGCAUUUUACGAAGGAAAAUCUGGAGGGAGGAUGAGGGAGGACACGCGGCGCCUUUUGUUUCAGGAUACCACAUUAUUGCUAUUUUGUCGUUGCCGUUAUCCAACUUGGUUGACGGACGGGUUGUACAUUGAUACCGUACAUAUAAUUUUAUUUGAAAAACUGACCCUGAUGUGAACGUAGAGCGUAGAGAGUGGAAGCGUAGGGCACAACUUAAGUUGGAG